UGUCACCAGUGAGGAAAGCUCUCGUUAAGAUGAAGCAAAGUCUUGUGGUACUCUUUUGUCUCUCAGUCCUUACCUGGGCAGUGUUAGGAGCUCCUAAUUCAAUAAGAAAGAGCUGCUGUAUGAACUUUUCACCCAAACCACCCCGUAUCGGCAGAAUCCUGAAACAUGAAAUUCAGGAUAGUGAUGGUCGUUGUAGAUUUGAUGCUGUGGUAUUUUAUACUGUCAACGGCAAGCGCAUCUGUUCAAAACGGAACGAUGAGAAAGUGGAAGAUCUUCUGACAAAACUUGCCCAAAGAAAGCAGGGAAGAUGAAGAUGACAAUGAUCUUCUUUGACUGACUAUUGACUAUAAAGAGUACUCAAAUGGAAAAAUGCAUUUUUAAUUUCCAGCUGUUCCACACUUUGCAAGUUUCCAAGGAAUCCUGAAAUUUUUCAAAUCUUCAAACAAUACUGGUCAAAUUUAAUCUGCUCGUCAGUGUGUGUUAUCCCUUCCUAUUAUUAAUUGAUUUAUUUGGUUUUAUUAUUUUUACAAAUAUAGCAGCUGAUCAAAUAGUACAUCACCUGUUAAGAGUCAGAUAUUUCACUCUGGAAUCCCUCUUCCCUCCAUUACAAUAUCCUCAAUAGGCUUCAGAGGAACAAUAACUUCUAGUUAGGAGGCCUCUGGUAAUCCUACGUGAGUUGAUCUCUAUCCUCCUACUUACAGGCCUUUGCCAUGGUAGGUUUUGCAGAAAAAUUAUUCAAUUUUGCUUAUGUAAAUAUCUAAAUUUGCUGCUCUUGUAAGGAAGUGUAACUGUUUAUGAUGGUCCUAUACAUUACUGAUUAGUGUAUGGUUUACAAACUGCCAUAUUAAUGAAUGUACAUAAUUGUUACUUCGUGUUCUAUAGCAUACUGAUUGUGUUCUAAUGUAGAACACAGUUAUUGCUGCAUUUAUUUCUGUAAUUAAAGUGUCUUCUAACCAGGCAGGGUGAAAUCAUUUAUGUCAUUUUUUAUCUUUAUGUCAGAAACAUACUGAAUAAAGACAUUACUGACCGAAGUGAUCAAAACUGGUAUUUUUAAAGCAGGAUAAGCAACAACCCCAGACUUUGUAUUGUAAUUCCAAUGGAAUUGGAUACUGUUUUUUUAAUUGUUAUUCAAUGCUGCACUUUCACAAAUAUGUUUAUAAUGUCUUGUACACCUAAUUACCUGUUUAAAAGACCUUGUAUUUUAUUAUUUAUUUUGUUUGUAAUUUCCCUGUAUUUCUUCAUACACCUCAAAUAUAUAUAUUUAUAUUUUUGAAAAUAAAUUGU